GUAAUUUUCUUCUGGAAAUCCCAGAUUAUCCAAAGAGAGAAGAUAGAAUCAUCAUAAAUCCCAGUAGCAGUCUGCUGGCCAGCCAGGAUGAGACAAAGUUGCCUAAAAUAGACUUUUUUGACUAUUCUAAAUUGACUCCUCUUGACCAGCGCUGCUUCAUCCAAGCUGCUGACCUCCUCAUGGCAGACUUCAAAAUGCUCAGUAGUCAGGACAUCAAGUGGGCCCUGCACGAGCUCAAAGGACACUAUGCAAUCACCCGAAAGGCCUUUUCUGAUGCCAUGAAAAAAUGUCUGGAGCUAUCACCAGAAACCGGUGGAAAAAGGAAGAAGAGAAAAGAAAUGAACCAGUAUUCUUACAUCGAUUUCAAGUUUGAACAAGGUAAUGUAAACUGUGUUGCUGGCAGUGUGUAGCUGCAACACUGUAUCUUUUCUUCUUCACAGUCAGUGAAGGAAGCCGUGCUACAGGUGUCUGCCAUCUGCUGAGCAUCUGGCCAGGCCAGUCCAAGGAGUGACUGACAGGAACUAUUUUCUAAGCACAUCAAAAUUUUCAGAAAGUGGCUGCACUUGUUGGCUUCCUUCUUCCUACUUAAGAUAAACCAUGGCAGG